GACGAGUCGAGUCGAGAUUCAGGAAGGAGCCAAGACUUUGUGGGGUGCUGCCCGUCUGAGCAUUUGCAUCGUCCAAAAAAGUAUUCUCUCAUCGACCAUUAUUCUGUACACCACAAGCAUGUCUACCGUCACAUCUGAUACACCGAUUGCUACCAUCCCGCAAACGACGGGCAUGCGUAAGAAUGGCAAACACUGGCAAGACACCAAGAAGGCCUUCCGCCCUACCGCCGGCCAGACAUCAUACGCAAAGCGCCAGGUCAAGGAGCAAGCGAUCGCCGUCAUGAAAGCACAGGAAAAGGAGAUGAAGGAAGAAAAGGAAGCAGAGCGCAAAAGACGCAUUGCAGCAAUCAAGGAGAAGCGCGAGGCAAAGGAAGAGAAGGAGCGUUACGAGAAAAUGGCCGAGAAGAUGCACCAGAAGAGAGUCGACAGACUAAAGCGCAGAGAGAAGAG